AAAGCAGAAGAUGCAAUGAGGAGAAUAAUUGAGAUUACCACAUACGCGCCCUCUGGCGGCCGUUCCUUUUCAUUACACCAGAGCCACAAAACGCUGAGCAGAAUCGGAUGUGGUCAUCUGUUGUUUUGGAUCGAUCGACCCAAUCCUUGCUGGACGUUGUGUCGUAGGGACCCGCAGACAGAGAGAGGGACCAGACCGGGCCGGUACCUUGAUUCAGUCCGUAACCGAAGCUCAACUCGGAUAACGCUUCCCGUCAACAUGCGCUCCUGCACCACAUCUGCCGCUCUGCUGUGUCUGCUGGCGGGGGCCAUGGCAGCUGUUCAGACCCCCCACGCAGUGUUCCUGGACAAACAGCAGGCGAGCUCCGUGAUCUCCCGUCAGAAGAGGAACGUCCAGCCUGGAGCAGGACAAACUUCCAGCCUGGAGCAGGUCUGCAUGGAGAAAGUGUGCAGCUACGAGGAGGCCAGAAAGAUCUUCCAGGACUCGUAUCGCACGGAUAUCUUCUGGGCUGUCUACAUUGACGGAGACCAGUGCGCAGAGAAUCCCUGCAAGAAUGGAGCCAUGUGUUCAGAUAGCGUGGGAGGCUACGACUGCGUCUGCAAGUCGGGUUUCACAGGGGUCCACUGUGAAAACGACCAGACUCUGUGCACCUGGAAGAACAAGACGGGGUGCUCCCAGUUCUGCAAACCUGGCUACACGUCCUAUGAGUGCUCCUGCGCGCGCGGAUGGAAGCUCAGCCGCACGACCAGGGAUAAGUGUGAGCCAGCAGUUCCUUACCCUUGUGGUAAGGUAUACAGCCUGAGGCAGUGGAAUGAAAGAGUUUCCAGCAAUGUUCGCAGCAACUUUGAAGGACUCAGCUGUUCAUCUUCAGAGUGUCCCUGGCAGGCUCUUCUGAAGGCUCCAGAGUCUGCAGGUUUCUGUAGUGGCGUCAUUCUGAAGGAGAACCUGGUCUUGACUUCGGCUCAGUGUACCAAGAAAUACAAGUCUUUCCAGGUGGCGGUCGGCAAGCGCAGCACCAACUCUGAGGACGGAGAGCAGCUGUAUGUAAAAAGCGUUCACGUCCACCCGCGCUUUAAAGACGGCCACGAAUACGACCUGGCUGUGAUUGAGCUCCGCGACCGCAUCACGUUUAAGAGGGAGGUGACUGCUGCCUGUCUGCCAGAAAAGGGCUUUGCAGAGCGCGUCUUGAUGUCGGGAGAGUUACCGGCCUUUGUCACCGGCUGGAAGGAACCCAAUCAGGGGUCCGUUUUCGAGGGGCCACUCGCCCUUAACCAACUUGCAUACAGCCACCUGCCUGAGUGCCUGGAGGCCCACCCCAACCUGGUGACCAACAAAAUGGGCUGCACCGCUCCCCAGACCAACGCUGACUGCACCAUGAGCUCCGGCAGCCCCCUUCUCACGCUCUACAGGGAGGUGUUUUUCCUCACCGGGGUGGUGAGCAAUCCGGUGGGGGCCGACUGCAGCAAAGGCUACGUCUUCCAGAAGGUGUCUCGCUACCUCGGCUGGCUGCACGCUCUCAUGGGUUCCCGUUAGCUGGGGCAGUGACGGAGAACAUUAUAGGUUAGGGGGAUGAUUGUAAUGCAAGUAAAACAGGCAAUUAGAUGAACAUUUUACUUUAAUAGUUGCAAGAUAUUGUCUUUUAAAAUUAGUCUCCUUACAACCGUAAAGUUUUACUCUAGGUUAUUUCUGUCCCUCCUUCAUCCACAAGGUGGUGCUUUUGCAUCAGAGCGUCAAAGCAGCAAGAAAUGCAUUGAAUUAUUCAGCAUGUGUUUUGUGAAGUGGACAUACCUUUUAAUAACCUUCUAUGUUUUGUUAUUUUUAACAACUAUUGUACUGGUUGACAUGCACCUCGUAAAACACUCACACUUCUGUGAAUGUAAUAAACCUUAACAACACACCA